GAAAAUGUAUUACGGCUGGUAAUAUUUGUUGAAGAAAUCCUUUUUAAUCACAAGGACUUGGCACAAUCUGUAAUUCAAAAACAAGUUAAUAAUGAACAAAGAACUGACACGAUUUCUGGAAGUUGUUCUUCUUCGAUUGUAACUACAUAUGAACCUAAUCCACCGACAUUAAACAUAUUGAAAUUCGAAGAUACGGUUAUACAAAAAUUAGAAUCAAAUUUUACAUCGUUUUCUUCCCAAAAAUAUGAUGAUAUGGUAUUUCAAAGCUCUAGUAAUCCAUGGGAAGAAGAUCGGGUUCUGACUACAAUGUACCUAGAAAUUAUGGAUACCAUUGAUAGGACCGGAAAUUGGAGAACGGAUAUGUCAACAAAUUGUGCCGGAUUGGUUAGUAUUUCAUUACAAGAACGAGAGUUGCGAGAAAAGGCGCUAGACGAACUCAUGGGAUUUGCAGAGAGGCAUGUUAAAAUUCCAGAUAAAAGUUCGACAGUAGAAAAGAAACAUUUAGAAGAUUUUUAUUGCCAUGAUAGUGAUAUCUUUCAACAGCAUAUUCUCAUGAUGCUUGGAGAAGUUCAUUAUGCGUUCACUGCAUCACAAAUGAUGAAUGGCGCAUAUGAUCAAAAAAUCAUGUUCGCAUAUUAUUUUAUAUUACAUAAAUGCCGCAACUAUUUAGUUAAUCUUGGAAACAGUGACCUUUCUUCCGUAGAAUUUAUUGACUCUAUUUGGUCAGGCACGAAAUUUAAUGAUCACGCAUUUGUAAAAUUUGUCACUUCACGUAAUUGGAUUAUUAUGCAUGAGCGUCAUAUAGUGCCCUCCAUGAAACAUGCAGACGAAAAUAAUUUUGCCAUGGUGCGAAAAAUGAUGGAAAAGUUUUCAAAGAAAGUUAAUCUUUUUAUUGGUCGUUCUAAAAAGGGAGAAAUAAAUUCAUCAAAAUCUGAAGAUGCUUUUGGCAUAGAAUUGGAUACGAUUGUUAAAUCUUAUAGAGAGCAGGAAUUAGCGCGAUUAACUAGUUGUGAGGUUGAUAAAAAGAAUGAAGACUUAAGAAUUUCACGAAAAUGGUUGUCAAGGUUUCAUGAAUUAACACAAGAACGAGGAGUAUGGUCAUUAGGAAAUCAAGCCGAUGUUCAUUGGAAAUUGGACAGAAGAGAAAAUUAUUCGAGAAUGCGCCGAAAACUGGCUAUUAAUUACGAUUAUGAUGCACAUCGUGAGGCUAGUGCCAAGCGAGAUAAAACACCCAUCGCAAUGCCAGUUAACAAAACGAAAAAUUUAAGCAUUCAAAGGAUCAAAAAGGCUGCCACCCCAGAAUGUGGACGAGGAACUACUCCUAUAUUGGAUGCUGUAGAACCUUGGACUGAUGCAUGGGGUUUUAGUGGGUCGUCUUUGGUUUCAGAAUCUGAAAGUUUAGAAUCUGACGAUCAAGAAUGGAAUAUUGUAGCAGGAGAUAAUGUUGUUGAUACAGUGGACCUUUCUAAUGAAACAAAGUUAUUUUCAACUGAAUGCGAGUUGAUUGUUCUAUUAUCUGCUAUCAAAGGUCGAAUUGAGCUCACUUCUACACAUCUUUCUUUUUUGGUUGAUCGACAUAAUCUAUUGCAGGAGCUCAAUAAUAUCGAAAAGGGCUCAAUUAUUGUUGAUAGUGAGAUGCUUAGAGAUAAAAAAUGGUCAAUUUCAGAUAUACGUGAAAUACAUAUGCGAAAAUAUUUAUUAAGGCGAAGUGCUUUUGAACUAUUUCUAACUGAUCAAACAAAUUAUUUCUUUAACUUCCCGGAACCAAAGGAUCGAACCAGAAUAUUCUCAAAAAUAACCUCACUUCGACCCCCAUCAAUGCUGAAUCAAGAUACUCGUUCACCAGUUACGAUAUUUCAAAGAACGAACUUGACUGAACGUUGGCAAAGACACGAAAUAUCAAACUUUGAAUAUCUUAUGCACCUUAAUGGCAUGGCAGGGAGAUCUUUUAAUGACUUAACACAGUAUUUUGUUUUUCCGUGGAUUAUUAGCGAUUACGAGUCUGAGACAAUUGACUUGUCCGAUCCCAAAGUUUAUCGUGAUUUAUCUAAACCAAUUGGUGCAUUAAAUCCAGCAAGAUUACAGCAAUUUAUUGAUCGAUAUGAAUGCUUUGAUGAUCCAUCGGGAAGGAUAAAAAAGUUUCAUUACGGAACACAUUAUUCAAGUGCAGCGACUGUAGCAUGUUAUUUAAUUAGGAUGGAGCCAUACACGUCUGUGCAUAUUUCUUUGCAAGGAGGAAAAUUUGAUCAUGCUGAUCGUCAGUUCUAUUCCAUUCAAGAUACAUGGCAUUCUGUUAAUAAUGCAAGUGGAGAUGUUAGAGAGUUAAUACCUGAAUUUUUUUAUUUGCCGGAAUUUUUGGUAAAUCAUAAUAAAUUUGACCUUGGUGUACGGCAGGAUGGUAAUAGACUCGAUAAUGUGGGUCUGCCAAAAUGGGCACAUUCUCCUGAAGAAUUUGUUCGCAUUAAUCGUGAGGCCUUAGAGUCAGACUAUGUGUCUGAGAAUUUACACCAUUGGAUAGAUCUAAUAUUUGGCUACAAACAAACUGGAGAAGAAGCAGUCAAAGCAUGUAAUGUAUUCUAUUAUUUAACAUAUGAAGGCGCUAUAAACAUCGACAGCAUCCAAGACCCAGUAGAACGCAAAAGUAUCGAAGAACAAAUAUAUCAUUUCGGACAGACACCAACACAAUUAAUGACCAAACCACACCCGCCACGAUUCCUUAGUAAAGAUUUUCUUAGGAAAGAUCUAUUAAAUUCAAAUGACAACCAACAAAGAUUUGUUGUUGAAUUGAAAUGUGGAAAGUUACAUUUUGUUGAUUUGCCAAUACCAGAUAAAGAAAGUUUUCAAGAUGAACAAGCCAUAAUUACCAUUGAUGAGAAUGGGAUUAUUGGAUACCAUCGAGUUAUACAUAGAAGCAUGUCUCCGGAUAUACCAUUUACAGUAGAAGUUGAUCCUAAUUUGCAGUACAAAACUCGAUUGAGUAGCCCAUUUAGUUUCGAUGCAAUUAUUACACCAAGAUGUUUUACUUGCAGUAAAGAUGGAAAGGUUAUUCUGAGUUGUGGUCAUUGGGAUAAUACUGUCAAAGUAACUCUUAGUGAAACGGUGACAGCUGUGGCUAUUAGCGAAGACGGAAGGAUAGUUGUUACUGGUUCUCGAAGUUCAAACUUAUUAUCAUGGAGAGUUAAUUUAACAGAUGAUAGCGAAUUUCUAAGCAUUGGGAAUUCCCCUCUUCAAGCAUUUUAUGGGCAUGACGACGAGAUAACGUGUAUUGUCGUUAAUGCAGAACAUGAUAUUUUAAUAAGCGGAUCAAAAGAUGGAACUUGCAUUGUUCACUCAUUAAAGAAUGCAAGUUAUAUUCGUACACUACGUCCUUUAGAAGGGUUAGAUUCUAGUGUCGAAUUCGAUGAAUACUUUUUACAUGCAUAUAGCAUAAAUGGGAAGUUUUUAAAUUAUGUUGAAAUAAAUGAAAGAUUAAAUCACAUUGUUUCGUCACAAGAUCAUAAUUUAAUAGUUACUUCAAGUGACAAAGGAAAAAUCUGUAUUUAUGAUGGCCUUAGUCUAGACUUAUGUCAUGAAUUUGAAAUACCAUUAAUUGGUAGAUGUAUAAAGUUGAGUAAUAAUAAUCGACAAAUAUGGAUUGCUGGAGAUGAUGGAAAAUUAUUUAUUAUUUCACAUUUGGGUGCACACGCGGGCAAGAAUGCCGUGUAA